CCACACCAGACACAGCCACACCAGACACAGCCACACCAGAUACAGCCACACCAGAUACAGCCAGCUCUCUGAGCGCCAAGAAGAGAAAGAGAAACAAAAAGAUACCUGAGGAGGAGGCCGAGAAGGAGGAGGAGGAGAAGAAGGAAGAGGAGAAGGAAGAGGAGAAGGAGGAGGAGAAGGAAAUGCCUCAGGCCACUCCAUCGAAGAAGAAGGGUAAGAAAAGGAAAAUGGAGCCGGAUGCAGUGGAAGAGGCAACUCCCGUCACUCCUUCAGCAAAUCAAAUUAAAAAGAAAAAGAAUAAAACAAAAGAUGUUGAAGAGGAGGAGAGCGAGGUUACUGUGGUGGAGGAGGAGGGUCUCGUGAGUCCAGCUGAAACGACACCGGAGAAAAAGAAGAAGAAGGGGAAGAAGGGGAAGAAGGUGGACGGUCAGGAGGAGGUGCAGUCUGAGGACCAACCAGCAGGGAGCGAUGCAGAGACAACAGACGCCUCUCCGCUCGCGCCGGGCAACAAGAAGAAGCGUCUCAGGAAGAAACUGAGUCUGAAGAAGAGACAGAGGAUCCAGAAGAAAGGGGAGAAACAAAAGCAGAUUCAGACAGAGGAGACGCCUGAACCAAAAGAAACACCAAAGAAGAAGCAGAAGAAGAAGGGAUCGGUGACGGAGGAUGAGAGCGAGGCGGUGAGCGCUGAGCUUUCUGAAGUCGACUCCACUCCACUCUCAAAGAAGAAGAAGAAGAAGAUGAUGAAGAGCGAGGAAGAGGAGGAGACUGCAGAGACCCCCGACACUGUGAGCCCCGACGUUUCUGCAAGGAAGAAGAAGAACAGACUAAAGGCAGAGCCGGCUGCAGAGCAACAAACUCCUCGGGCUUCUUCUACGAAAAAGAAAUCCCCCAAGAAGAAGAUAUCCUCUAAAUAAAUCUGGACGCCAGCAGACGCCAUUUCUUUCCUGGACUAUGAGCCAAUAAAACCAACCGGACAAUCUGAACAACGCUUGUGCCUUUACUCCUGAUUGUUCUGUCUGAGAUGAAAGUGUUUCUGAAAGUAUUUCAAUGUCUUCCUGCUCUUAAAAUACUGUGAAAGCAAUAGAUUUGACAUAAAAGUGCAGUUUUAUAUUUUCAAAGACAGGAGGGGAAUUCGUACUGAAUUUAUUUACCAUUGAUGGGGUUUUGGGGGGAUUUAACCUUUUUUUUUUAUGACAAUAUAAUGGCCAAUUGUAUUAUUAUUUUAAACCUAAAUCGACUGUACUCUUAAACAGCUUUCUGAUUUACUUUUUUAAUGAAAGCUGUGUCAAAUUUCAAGUUUAGUUUAACUCAUCAGAUAUUUCUUGGACUUGUAAUUGUCCAAAAUGUACCCAAAGUAUUUCUUUCCUUUCUUUCUACAUUAGGCGCCAAACCUUACUUCAUAAUCAAUGGGCAAAUUAGGAAGAUAAAAGGCUUCAAAUCAAACCUUUAAUAACCCAAUUACAAUCCAUCAGAACCCACAUAUUAUCAGUAAUGAACUGAAAAACAACAGCAAAUGUUUGGAGUAGCACUUGCUUUAAUUAAACGAUUACUGAUCAUUCGAUUGAUUCGUUGUUUUAGUUAUCCAAAGUGAUAAUUGACAACAUGAAGUGGACCUGUUGGUGAUAUAAUUAAUGUUAUAUUACAGUUUGUGAUAUCCUGUGUUCCCACAGCAUCAUCUACACUCUGUUGGUCAGGGAUGAGCUUUGUACUGCUAUUACAGUGUUGGUAAAAAUGUCAAUAAAACAUUUCAAUAUGUUUUUAGAAUAGUUCUUAAAGGUGUCAAUGAUCUUUUUUUCUAUGAUAUUUGAGCUUUGAGGUAAAAAGUUGUUACUCAGUAUUGUUUUAGAAUAGAAACUCAUGUUACGUAGGAUUUGUUUUUAGUUUUCUUUCAUGAAGCUGUGAAAUGUUGGGUUUUGUUUACACGUUUCUUAUUCCCAUGAACUAUUAUCUAUGCAUCUGAUGAAAUGUGGUUGCUAGGCAGGAAUGUUGUCACUACUUUUAUUUGUAUCUGCUGUUAUUGAGGACCAACAUGUGUGAGACAAAAUAAAACUCUGUAACAGCUUC